AGGGCGCCCGCUGUUUGGAUAGACAGGGAGGGCACUGGGAAGCUGAUGAUGAUUUGACAAUCAUCGGAAGUCCAGUCCAGUACACCUUUUCGCAGAGUCGACGUCCAAAUUGGACCGCGAGGAGGUUGCUCAGCAUCAGCUUCUGGCAGCUUUGAUAGGCCUGCGAUGUAGACCUCAAGAGACUGCGAUUUCCUCGCGAAGUUCAGGACUCAUAGGAGCAAUGGAUGGCGAGAAGAGGGAAUUCAGCAGGAGAUGCUGAUCUAGGUGCUGACGCCGUGGACCCAGAGGCUGCUGCCGAGUGAUUUUGGCAAAAGCGAGGGCGGCGAAUUCUGAAGAAGAUGUCCACGAUAAUUUCCAAGUCCAUGGUUGCCCCUGUGUCGCUUCUGGAGCCAUCUCCAACGCAAAGUUUCAUGUGCAAGUCCCUCAGAUCCCACCUCGUUACUUGCUCUCUAAACCCUGCCUCCUCCUCCUCCUCUUCCUCCUGCUUUUCUGCACCGUGCACUGCGCUGUUCAGUCCCAGUCUUUGCGGUCGAGCGCUCAGGUGCUCAACUCGGACGAGGUUUGCAACGUCAGGGAGCAUUCGUAGACGAGAGUCCUCGUUCGGUGUUAGGUGUCAGCAAAGCGAAGAUGUGUCUAUGAUGAACGCAGGUGGAUCGAGCCCGGAGCCACCGAUCGGUGCACCUUCCAGUAUGGCAGGAAAAUCUCUACUGGCAAAGCUGGGGCAGAGCAUCAACGUGGCAGGAAUCGCUUUCUCUUCCAAGGUGAUUCUGAAGGAGCGUCACCUCGCUAUUCCCCAUGUGAGCGUGCCGGACAUCUCGUGGAUCGACUGGAAGGCCCUGCGGGCCAAGGGGUUCGAGGCAGUUUUGUUCGACAAGGACAACACACUCACGGCUCCUUACGGGCAGAAUGUGUGGCCUUCACUCUUGGAGUCGCUGGAAGAGUGCAGGACGGCGUUCGAUGGGCGUCUUGCUCUGCUGAGUAACUCUGCAGGUUUGUACCAGUUCGAUCCAGACGGCGCUGAGGCGAAGGCUUUGGAAGACAAGCUCGGUAUCUCGGUUAUCCGCCACGGAUCGAAGAAACCUUCUGGUGAUGCACAAGCUGUGGCAGAUCACUUUGGUUGUGACCCUUCUUUGGUUGUUAUGGUUGGAGAUCGAUACUUCACAGACAUCGUGUAUGGAAAUAGUAAUGGGCUGCUUACGAUUCGACCCGCUCCGUUGACUUCAAUCGGGGAACCAUUUGUUGUCAGAAGGGUAAGGGCUCUAGAAGAUACACUGGUUGAGUGGUGGCGCACCCAAGGUACACUGCCUACUAAACACAGGCUCUUUGACCAUCCUGUGGACUUCAUCAAGGACCCUGGAUUUUGGUGACAGGAACUUUGAUACGGCGAGUGUACGAUGGUAAGCUCAGUGGUGGGGUGAAGUAAGGAUUGACAGCCGUUGCAAUUCGAGCAUGAGGGCAAAUUAGUAUAAACAUAGGAGCUACUUACAGAUUCUUGCGGGGGAACAGUUUUCUAAUUUCAGCUGUUGUCAGUCCCUAGAGUAGUGCGCUUAGGGGUGAAUGACAGUUACUGGUACGUGACAUGCACUUGAGACGAAAUGGCAUCUCGUAGUGUUGGAGCGACCAUCUAUGGAUGGUCAUAAGAUGUUGUAAACAGAUAUCAUGAUGACAGUUUUGAGCAGGGUUUAACCUUCAGAAGCC